CGGCGCGCGGUGCUUCGGGGGGCCCGAGUGCUCGGGGCUGAGCGCAGCAGGGACGGCUGUGGGUGGCAGCUGAUCUCGGGGUGAUGGGAAUGUCCGUCCUGCGGGAUGCGCUCACACACGCCUCUUUCCUCGCAGCUGAGUGCUGGUCCGCUGAGGAGCUCCUCCCCGCAGGGUCCGGGGAUGGAGCAGCGCUUGGGCAAGAUGUCCUCGAAGCAGUUCUGCAGGAGGGCGCGCCGGGAGCCCUAUCUGCGUCAGGCUGGGCCAUCGCCUCCACGUGCUCAUGGCCCCCGGGAUGCCUGGCGCAAUCCUCCAUGGGAGCAGCAGCACCGAAGAGCUGGGGGAAGAAUGCGUCUGCCCAGUCCCAGGCAGCCCAGGCCUUUCCCUGGCCCUGCUGACAUCCUCCACAAUGAGAAUUGGAGAGGGGCACCCCGAGACCGUGAUGUGCCACCACAUCCCUCAGACUACAGAGAGGACCAGCAGAGCCGUGAGCCCAAUGAGGACUCGCUGAGGACCUCCUCCCCACAGGGAUCAAGGCUGGAGCAACGCUUUGGCAAGAUGUCCUCGAAGCAGUUCUGCAGGAGAGGGCCCCGGGCCUUUAGCUGGGGGCCCUAUCUGCGUCAGGCUGGGCCAUCGCCUCCACGUGCUCAUGGCCCCCGGGAUGCCUGGCGCAAUCCUCCAUGGGAGCAGCAGCACCGAAGAGCUGGGGGAAGAAUGCGUCUGCCCGGUGCCAGGCAGCCCAGGCCUUUCCCUGGCCCUGCUAACAUCCACCAGUACGAGGAGAAUUGGAGAUGGGCCCCCCAGAACCGUGAUGUGCCACCACCUCCCUGGAUGUACAGAGAGGACCAUCAGAGCCAUGAGAUACCACAGCUGCGUCACCGGGACUUCUUUGCCCAGCCUGAGUUCCCCAGCCAGGAGCAGCGUCCUGCUGGAUUCCCUCGGGAGCAAGAAGACAACUGCUCACCCCAGCGCCAUUGUGGCCCACGCCGGAGACGCUGCCGACUCCUUCGGCCCAUCCAGCAGGAGACAGCAGACAACAGCUGUUCUCCCCACAGCUCCCAAGGGUACCAUCCAUCCUCCAAGCCCUCUCAGUCCUGCUCCCCAGAGAGCCAGCUGGGGCUCAGAGAGCAUCUCGCUGCUCCCCAGUCACCUGCUGCCUGCAAAAACAGUCUGCAAAGCGCGCAGCAGGUGGAUGAGGGCCAGCGGGUGGCAAGCAGUGAGGCACUGGAACGGCCCAGGCGUGCAGAGAAGAGCUCAGAGAAGAGCCCGGGCACUGACCCCCAGGCAGCGGAGCAGAAGCCAGCGGCAGGAGCAAAGCCAGUUGGGCCUGAAGGAGGAGAGGGAGCUGCAGGCAACCAGCAGCUCUCUGCCCUGGAGUUGGAGCCGGUCUCCUCGGAGACAACCAGCACCAGCGAGGAGGAAGGCUUGGAGCUGGCUGCAGGCUUCCAGAGCUCACCCCGCCCCCUGCGCUCCGCACUUUCCCCCACCAGCACAGACCUGCGCUCUGCUGCCAUCCUCACCAAGAAGGAGAGCAUCGAGCAGGGGUACCACGACUUCUGCCUCAGCUUUGCCCUGGUGUCCUCGCUGCUGCUGCAGAAGGAGCCCUCCAUGGAGGCGAUGCUGAUGAAGGCACUGAGAGCCAACCUGUGCGACCUCCGCAACCGCCUCCUGGAUGAGAUGGAGGACUUCAUCCAGCAGUACGAUGCGACGCACCCCAGCUGCUGAGCGGGGAGCUGUGGGGCUGUGCUGGCACAGCCUGCACCGGGGCUGUAGGGAUGUGCUGCUGCGGUCCCUCUUGGAGAUGGGGGUUGGUUGGAGGGGGCUUAGUUUGGAGGGUGGUUGGGUCUGAUGUUGUAGGCCAUAACUAGGGACUGUGGGCAAGAUAGGAUUCAUAUGUAAGCCUGUAUUUUAGUGACAGAAAGAGAUUGUUUUAUUGGAGGGAGGGGGGAGGGGGGAGGGAGAGCGAGUGUGGGGAGGGACCUCCCCUUCUCUUUAUUCUGUUCCUGUUUUUAAUACAUGUUCUCUUAAAAUUCAUGGCUUGUUCUUGUUUUCAUAAAUAAAAAGGAGUUAUUUCCGCA